AUGUCAAAUAAAAGCAGUCAAGUAUAUACUCCAGACCUAUCAUCAGGAUUCGUAGAUUUUUUAGAAAACGGUGAAUUCGAGGAAAUGCUAUCAAGUACACCCCGUCAAACAUACUACAAAUGUUUAUUAAGCCAAGAUUCUUUUUCUGACAUGACUUUUGAAAAUAUGUGGAAUGGUGAAGAUACAGAUGAAAAUGACGAGAUAUGUGUCAGAGCGUUGGACAUGUUACUUUGGGGAGAAGAAUAUGAGCAAGACGAAAAACUUAUAUUAAAAACUUACGAUAAAUUGUUAACAAUUAGUGCGCUAACAUUCGUUAUAGCAAGUAAAAGAAAAGCACUGUGUGUUGAUCAAAAAGUCGCUUUAAUACGUGCGAUUGAAAAAGGUGAAAAAAAAAGUGAUGUCGGGAAACGUUUUGGAUUCAGCCCAUCUAUUAUCGCUACUAUCUGGAAGAAUAAGGAUAAAAUAUUGCAUGCUGAAACAGAAGGAAGUUCUUGUAAAAAAAUAAGGAAACCGAAAUUUGAAGACUUGGACCAGGCCAUGUUAACGUGGUUCCAUAAACAACGUUGUAAUAAUGUACCUAUAUCUGGGCCUGUUUUGAAAACUAAAGCUGAACAUUUUGCUCAACAACUUGGUAUUAUAGAUUUCAAGGCCUCGGAAGGAUGGCUUGGAAAAUUUAAACAACGUCACAAUAUUACCUAUGGGAAAAUAAGCGGAGAAGCACUAAAUGUCGACUUGAAUGUUACUAACAGCUGGUUAAUUAAUGUGUGGCCAAAAUUGAAUGAAAAGUACACUCCGGAUAAUAUUUUUAAUGCUGAUGAGACAGGUAUUUUUUACAAAAUGACCCCAGAUAAAACAUUAAAAUUCAAAGGGGAAAAAUGCGUGGGAGGUAAACUUUCUAAAGAACGUAUCACUGCGUUUGUAGCAGCCAAUAUGAGUGGCACUGAAAAAAGAAAGAUUAUGGUAAUAGGCAAAUCAAAAAACCCGCGAUGUUUUAAAAAUAUUAAACGGUUGCCAGUCACUUAUAAAGCAAAUAAGUCAGCGUUGAUGACAUCAAUACUUUUUGAAGAAGAAAUAAGAAAAUGGGAUGCAGAAUUAAAGGGUUGA